CUUAUCGCCACGUGCCGCACAUGACCCCGACAAUACGGGCGUAAUUACCGUCCCAACGGUACGCAGCGUCAGUCCAACCCGCCGCGGCUCUCUUUUUCCCGCUCUCUUUCUCUCUCUUCCUCCUCCUCCUCCUCUUCCUUUCCCUCCCCCCUUCCCUCAUUCUCCGUUUGGUCUCCCUCUCUCUCUCCUCUCGCGCGGAGUCCCUGGAGGAAUUGAACAUCAUGAGUGCUCUGUCGUCCGAGAAUAUCAAUGGGGUCUAUAUCCCCUCCGCCCUGCUGGUGUUCGGCACCUUCAUCGUGAAGCAGGAAUAUGUCCCCUUCGCCGUCGCUGUGGCCGCUGUGUUGGCCGGAUGGAAGCUCUUUAGUGGCAACCAGCCUCGGAAGGUCCUGAACCCCACCGAAUUCCAAGACUUCGUGUUGAAGGAGAAGAACCUCAUCUCCCACAAUGUUGCCAUCUAUCGUUUUGCUCUGCCCCGCCCUACGGAUAUCCUGGGUCUGCCCAUCGGCCAACACAUCUCGCUGGCUGCCACCAUCGAGGGCCAGCCCAAGGAAGUCGUGCGCUCCUACACUCCCAUCUCCUCGGACAACGAGGCCGGCUACUUUGACCUCCUGGUCAAGGCCUACCCCCAGGGCAACAUCUCCAAGUACCUGACCACCCUGGAGGUCGGCCAGACCAUGAAGGUGCGCGGUCCCAAGGGCGCCAUGGUGUACGCCCCCAACAUGUGUCGCCACAUCGGUAUGAUUGCCGGUGGUACCGGUAUCACCCCCAUGCUCCAGAUCAUCAAGGCCAUUAUCCGCAACCGACCCCGCAACGGUGGCAACGACACCACCCAGGUGGAUCUGAUCUUUGCCAACGUCAACCCCGACGAUGUCCUGCUCAAGGAGGAGCUCGAGCAGCUCGUCAAGGAGGAUGAAGGCUUCCGUGUUUACUACGUGCUGAACAACCCCCCCGAGAGCUGGACUGGCGGCGUUGGAUUCGUCACUCCCGAUAUGAUCAAGGAGCGCCUCCCUGCCCCCGCCAACGACAUCAAGAUCCUUCUCUGUGGCCCCCCUCCCAUGGUCAGUGCGAUGAAGAAGGCCACCGAGUCCCUGGGCUACACCAAGGCUCGGCCUGUCAGCAAGCUGGAAGAUCAGGUCUUCUGCUUCUAGAUUAGAUGACAUUUGUACGGGAGGUUGCCCAAGCCUGCUUUACGCGAAAAAGAUGGACCUAGACCAAGGCCAUCGGCGGCUGCCGGUGACCUUACUAUGCUAGACGUGACACGAGCUGUUAUUGUUAAUCCUGAGAAUUUUGAUCAAUGUAGAUGUGCGGGAUAGAUAUUGAUAUCAUAUUGUUUCGGACGAACCGAUCGCGACUUGGUGGUUCACAUACAGUUAUACUUCAAGAAUAUAAUUUCGCAUUAUGCAUGCUGCAGGUAUUAUCAGCACCGGUGUA